AUGUCCAAGAAGCUCAUGGUCAGUUCACCUGAGGCUUUGACAGAGGUAACUAUUUGUGAGCAGCAGUAUGGUUUCAUGCCAAGAAAGAGUACCACUGAUGCCAUCUUUGCUUUGAGGAUGCUAAUGGAGAAGUACAGAGAGGGUCAGAAAGAGCUUCAUUGUGUCUUUGUUGAUUUAGAAAAAGCGUAUGACAGAGUGUCAAGGGAGGAGCUGUGGUGUUGUAUGAGGAAAUCUGGAGUAGUGGAGAAGUAUGUCAGACUGGUACAGGACAUGUAUGAGGACAGCAGGACAGUGGUGAGAUGUGCUGUAGGAGUCACAGAUAGCUUCAAGGUGGAGGUGGGGCUACAUCAAGGAUCGGCUCUGAGCCCCUUCUUGUUUGCUUUGGUGAUGGACCGACUAACAGAUGAGGUCAGGCAGGAAUCCCCAUGGACUAUGAUGUUUGCAGAUGAUAUUGUGAUCUGUGAGAGACAGGUGAGGCUACAAGGAGCAGAGGUCACAAAGGUGAAGGACUUCAAGUACUUAGGGUCGACUGUCCAGGAAAAUGGGGAGUGUGGUAAAGAGGUCAAGAAGAGAGUUCAGGCAGGGUGGAGUGGAUGGAGAAAAGUUUCAGGAGUGAUUUGUGACAAAAGGGUGACAGCAAAGGUCAAAGGAAAAGUUUACAGGACAGCGGUGAGACCAGCUAUGUUGUAUGGUUUGGAGACAGUGGCAUUGACAAAAAGACAGGAGAAGGAACUGGAAGUGGCAGAAAUGAAGAUGUUGAGGUUCUCCUUGGGAGUGACAAGGAUGGAUAAGGUUAGGAAUGAGAUAAUCAGAGGUACAGCACAGGUUAAACAACUAGGAGAUAAAGUUAGAGAGGCCAGACUGAGAUGGUUUGGACAUGUCCAGAGGAGGGACAGCGAGUAUAUUGGUAGAAGGAUGUUAGACAUGCAGCUGCCAGGAAAAAGACAAAGAGGAAGACCAAAGAGGAGGUAUAUGGAUGCAGUUAGAGAGGACAUGGAAGUAGUUGGGGUGAGGACAGAGGACGCAGUGGACAGAGUGAGAUGGAGGAGGAUGACUCGCUGUGGCAACCCCUGAAAAGGGAAAAGCCGAAAG